AUGCUUCGGCUGCUGACCCGCAGGCUGCAUCCAAGAGUUGCCCAUGCAUCAAUUCCGUCGACGCAUGCACUUGCGCUGUCGGCGAUUGCACAUGUCCCGGCUGCGACAAGAGCAAAUCGUCAGGCCAAUCAAAGCCGUCUGCACAAGCAACAAAACAGGCUACCGAUGGCAAGGGCGAGUGCAUCUGCAAAGACAAGUUUGACUGUGUCUGUUCGAGUGAUGUCUCGAAGUGUGGUUGCGGACCAGGCGCAUGCUCCUGCGUCUCUUGCGCCAACAAUCCCGCUGCUCAGUAAGGUCAUUGUCGCUCGUUUGCUGGCAGCCUGCCGUUGUUGA